ACGAAUCGAGGGCUCGAUACAAGAUUUUAGACAGUGUUCAUUUCAUUUUCCCGUUCAGUCGCACGUGUUCAACUUUAACCGUUGUUCGUGCUUUUACAGACCUGAGGUACUUCUUCCAAAAUGGGACAGAAAUCAGCGUCAAAGACGCCGCAACCUAAGAGAGGGCCGAAGACUCCCGGUAGAACCCCGAAGAGUGCACCACCAUCAAAGACUCCGAACCAAAAGACGAAUAAAACUGAGGAUCUCGCCAAAGGACUUGCAAUGAAGCUGUUUCAAAAUGGAAAAGGAGAUGGGACUCCAGGAGCAAAGGGAAAACAAGGUACUUCAGUUGCCAAAGCUGGAGCUAAGAAGAAGCAAGAGAAAUACCCCUGUUACUGCUAACCUGCCCAGGUGGAAGGCUAUAACACCUGCAAACAAAACACCCCAACAGUCAAAAAUACAGACACCUGCUUCAAAGAAGACUCCAUCUUCAGCUGCAGUGGCAAAAUCCAAAAAAGUGACACAGGUGCAAGAAGAGAGGAGGAUGAUGAUGAUGACGAGACGAUGAUGAUGAUGAUGAUGAUUUUGAUGAAGACGAUGAUGAAGAUGAUUUUGAUGAAGAUAUGGAUGAUGACGAUGACGAUGAAGACAUGGAUGACGAUGAUGAUGACAGUGAUGUUGAAGAAGAACCAAAGGGAAAGUUGCAGAAGAUAGCUUCUGAAGCAGCAGCAAAAGCUAAGGGAACAGCCAUCAAGAAAACAGCAGCUGUUGUAAGCAAGCAACAGAAAAGUGUUGACAAAACACCAAAGGGGAAAGGAACAGAAACCAAAAUCGAUGAGGAUGAAGAUGAUGAUAGUGAUGAGGACGAAGAUGACAGUGAUGAUGAAGAAGAUGACAGUGAUGAUGAAGAAGAUGACAGUGAUGAUGAAGAAGAUGACAGUGAUGAUGAAGAAGUGGAUGAAGAUGCUAUUCUCAAGACUAUUCAGGCCAUUAGGAAAGACACACCAGGUAAACCCAAAGGACAAAAGCAGAAAGCAUCUACUAAAGAAACAGAAAGUACUGCUCAGGGUGCAAAAGAGGUGAGCAUAGUAAAGACACAGCAGACUCCAGCAAAAAAGCAGGAAAAGUCUCAAACAGUUGAAAAGCAAGGCAGCCCUACUAAACAAAAGCAGCAGGAAGCUGUGGUUAAACAGAAACAGGAGACUUCCAAAAGCCAGCAAUCUGCAUCUCAAGAAGCUCACAGUAGCUCUUCAGUUAUGGAAGAGGAUAAAGACAGGCAAGCAAAUAUUGACAACAGGAUGCUGUUUGUGAAAAAUCUUCCUGCUGAUGUUGGCAUGUCAGAAAUUAAAAGCUUGUCAGCGGACAUCAAGAAUGUCAGAUUCCGUGUCAACAUUCGAGUGAAAAACAAGCAAAGGCAAAGGAUAGGAUAUGCAUUCCUGGAAUUUGCAUCAGAGGAGCUUGCUGAAAAGAAUUAUAAGCUUUUGCAAACAGCAAAAUUGAAGGACACAGCACUGUUUGUUGACUACGUUGGGCAAAAGAGUUCGCACAAGCCUGCCACAAAGAAAGAACCAGCGGACAUUGAUCCUCUACGGCUGUACAUUACUGGAUUUGGCAAGGACACAACAGUUGCUGACUUGCAAAAAAUUUUCCCCAGGGCAGUUGAAAUCACUUUGCCUAUUAGGAAGAAGGAUCAUCUCCCAUUAGGGUUUGCUUUUGCAAGGUUUGAAAAUGAGGAACUGGCUAAAGCAGCCCAUGAAAAGGCUCAAGUCAAGCAGAUAAGAGGAGAUACUUUGGUAGUGCUUUUUGCUCGGAAAAGAGUUGAAAAAGUCGAAGCACAGAAACGAAAGAAAGAAAAUAAACAGAAAGAAGGGCCAGCACAAAAAAAGACAAAAAUAGAGAAGAAAGAUGACAGUGAUGAAGACAAUGAGGAUAGUGAUGAUGAAGAUGAGGAUGAUGAUGAUGAAGAUGACGAUGACGACGACGAGGGGGAUGACGACGACGACGAUGAUGAGGAGGAGGUGGAUGAUGAUGAUGAUGAGGAUUAAAUAAACUAAGCAACAGCUUUUUUAUAUUUAUGGACAUAUUUGUUUGGAAUGAGAGAGACAUGCUCAAGGACUUAUCUGCUCUGUGUAGUUAUCUUACAGACUAAAGCAUUGGGUUUUGUAUUGUACCCAUUCACUAAAUUUACACUUUUGGUGAGGUUUCUUGUGUUUUAUCACCUCAGUGGUGACCAUAGAGCUGCAAAUUUAUCUUACUCGCUAAAAAGUUCCUAGCAGUGAAAAAUGUUUGGCAAUUAUUUUUAUGGGGGACAACAGGAUACCUUUUGUCAGCGUUCGGGAACAAAUGGUUUGCGUGAAUUAAAAAAUCAGUGCUUUUUUACCAAACAGAGAAACUAUGCAUGGGUAUGCUUCAAACUUUGCUGCAAGCUGUGUAAGAAAUGGCACUAAGAGAUUUUAUUACUAAUCAUUUCAGAUUGCCUAUUCUGACAAAUGAUUUUCACUUUAUUUGCUGCAUAUGAUUAUCCAUUUUUAGCAUGGGAGAGGGAGAGUACCAUCAAAUAAAGUCAACAUUAAUCUUUUCUUUAAUGACUCUUUUUUUUUUUUCCAUUUCUUAUAUAACCUGUUACUGCUAAUGAAAAUUUUAAGCCGACAAAGCGAGAUUUCUAACAUUUGAUUUUGAAAGGAUAUGACAUAAAAAAUGCGCAUUUAUUUUUUAAACUACAAGAUUAUAAGUUUUCUUUUACAGCUUGAGUAGAGAAUUUUAAAGCUAAGUUGUGCAAUAACCUCUGUUAAGUAAUAGGACCUCAGCUGCCUUGAGGGGAAAAAGGUCAAUUUACCUUGACUUGUCACCAAUAGUUUUAUUGAAGGCAACAAUGGCAGCUUCAUCGAGAGAUACUUUUUUAUGGUUAUAUAGGUCCUGCCAUGUCUGCAAACUGUAUAUACCAGACUAUAAGUUUGUGAUCUAAACUUGGUAUUUUGGAAAUGUCACUAUUACGUUGCCUACACCCUUCAUUAUAAGAAAAUAUGUGGGGGGGGGAAAUUACUUUUGAAACAUUUAUCAAGCAUAAGAUAAUAUAUAAAUAAAAAUGUAAAUGGUAUCAAAAUACUUGUUAAGCAAGUUUUUCAUGCAAAUGUUGACAAGUCAAUUGAACUGCGAAAGAGCUCACAAAGCAUGGAAAACCAAUGAAAUUCCCCAGAUAAAGUAAAACCACUGUCUUGACAGUUGCACAGUACAAAUCUACAAUGACAGGACUGAACAUGAUUUGGAAAUUGAUCAGCGCCAUCUGCUUUUCUUCCAAGUACCAGCUGCACAAGCAAGAGACCAAAUGUCUUCAAAUUUCUAGAUUGAAGCCAUGACCAAUGACUCAAAAAAUUUAUUUCUUUGAUAACUCGCUAACACCUAGCAGCAAUAAAGUGGUGCAAGCUUGUCUGCAUUUCCAUUAGUUCAAUAAUAAUAAUAUACUUGACACAAUUGUGCCAUAUUAAUUGGCACAGUACUCCAAUAACACAAGACUGAACCCAAGAGAGACUGCCAGGCACAAAGUGGACAGAAUUUGUUGCAUUGCUUGAUGCUUGGUUUUGCAGUCUGCUCUUAAUCAGAAUAGCUUGAACAGCACUGUCAAUAUAUGUUUCUAAGGUAAUAGUUGUCAGGCAGUGAUCAGCAAAUUGUUAAUAUGGCAUCUUGCAUUUUGUACAUACCAUAACAUGUACUAGCAGGAAAAUUUGUUAAACUCGGGUAAAUGGUACACUAUGUCUGUAUGCAGAAGUAACAGAUACUUGAACCCUCAGCAGUCCAGCUGCUCUCCCAGAGAUGAAAUCAGUUGUGUGUGUGUGCAUGGAUGUGUAAUAAUGUAGGAACGUCUUUAGAAAGGUAUAAAUGCAAAAUUGCAUGUUUUUUUGUCUAAAGUAUUCUAUGAGGCACAACUUUAUCCUUAUCUUGUCCUCAUCAUUAUAUUGUAACUAGCAUUUGUUUUAUUGUUUUAGUUUUGUAUUUGAGCACACGUCCCGAGUAUAACUGCACACUAUGAUUAAUAAAGUUGGUCAUCAUCAUUCUUAACUUUGUGUCUUAAGGUAAAGUUGUCAGCCUAUAAAGUUUUGGGUCAGUCUCAUUCUGUUCUUUGAUAUACCAAGCCCAUUCUAAAAUUCACUAUAGUGAUGGGCAACUGAUCUACUGGCUCAUCCUCCAUUGUACUUAUUUGUUUAUAAAAUUGUAGGGAUUGUCAGCUGCUCUUUUAACAAUAAAAGUGAUCAAUCUCACAAAAA